UUCUGGCAGGUGUUCUGGUCUGGUUGAAAGAAUGAAGAUAAUAUAUUUUCUUAAAAGGUUUUUUGACAAACUGUGUCUUGAGAAUGAUGAUCCCGUAGAAGCUGCAAAAAUAAUGAUCACUUUUAUUCAACAAUUCGUCGGCAUCCAUAAUGUUUUUGGAGAUGAAGGAAGAAGUUAUUCACUGUUGUCUGUGAUUGCUGUGGUGAUAUUCGGAGGCACGUUCGUUUACGUCGGCACAUUCAGCCAAAUCGUGUACUUGGUGCACGUGUUCCCCGACAAAUCAGAGACGUUUAAGGUUUUUAAUUGCCUCAGCGCGACCAGCGUGCCGCUCUCCAAGUAUAUAUUCAUGUGGACGUCAAGGUCACGUUUGAAAACUGUAUUCCAAAUGUGUAAGGAUGGCUUAUCGUCGAUUCCCGCAGACAGCACGUCUCAUGUUAAAAUGAUGAAGACCCUACAAAAAGCUCGCUUCGUGUCGUGGUUGGUUGUGGGGAACCAAGCUAUCGUACACGUGGCGUACCUCGUGGUACCGUUCUUGUUUACGGUCUUUGGCAACAAUAGAUACUUACCAAGUACGCCUGGAGAUUCCUAUGGUCUCAGUCCGAAAUAUGAAACGCCGUAUUAUGAAACAACGUUUGCGCUAACAUGCAUCGGCACUGUAUUCUCCGGCAUCAACCAGACGGGAUACAUAGUGCUGUUCAUAACGUUAUGCGCACACGAACUUGCACAUUUCUACGCCAUCACAGAAAUGUUGAAAGACGUUCAUCAGACCCUUACAAAAGAAAAUAAUCUCGCUCGUACGAAGAUAGUCAAUGAAAAACUACGAUUCUGUGUGAAACAUCAUCAAUUCCUAAUGCAAUACCACAUUAAAAUCCGAGAGCUGUACAAAAUUAUUUUCGGAGCGCAUUUUCUAAUGAUGACGAUAGUUUUAGUAACAACAUUGCAGACUAUGAACUCUUGGGACAUGAGGAAUACCAUUUUGACCGCCGUGACCGGCAUAAUGCCCUUAUUUUUGUAUUGUUUUGGCGGCGAGCUGCUAAUUACGGCUGGGCUGGAUAUGUCGACAGCUGUGUACACAUGUGGAUGGGAACUAAUGGAUGGGAAACAAGCGCGUCUCGUUUUACUCAUGUUGUGCCUAUCGCAGCGGCCACUCAGUUUGACAGCUGCCGAUAUUUUCAUUAUGAAUAGAGAAACUUUCGGUAAAGUUGUGCAGGUUGUUUAUAAAAUAUACGCUGUUUUUAAUUAAAUAGUGAGCUAAGCACUUAGAAGUUAAUUAUAUAGUUUGUGUCUGCACAUUUCUAUUAUAAUGAAUGUUAACAAAAGAAAAGACAUGUAAUAAAAAGUUUUAGGGUUGUAUUUUAUAUAUCAAACUUUUUCACCGAAAAAGUGCAUUAUCGCAUUGGCGGUGACGCGAGAGAAAAUAUAAUUUAGAAAUGAUGAGUUAUAUUAAAAAUAAUAAAAUACAAUAUUAUCGUUAAGCAUUUACGACUAAUUAACUACUGACUAUUAACAGUUUUCCUUGUGUUGUCAAUGGCAUUUGUAUUCUCUACAUCUUAAAGGACUCGCGAUAAAUUAAUCGAAAGGAGUCCCCGGAACAUGAAAACUGUGUACCCAUAUAAAUAUUUUCCGGCAACCUUUUUUAGGUAAAAAAAUAUUACCCUAUAUAACAUUCCACACUAACAACAGUUAAUAAACGAACCUUUAAUAACAUCAAAUAAUACAUUUUACUGUAUCUUCAAUACAAAGAAGUUCGUUCAGUGUAGAAUAGCUACGAAAUACAUGUAUACCGUAUAGACAUGAACAGUGUAGACAGUUUCUGUUCCACGCACACGUUUAUUCAAUUUAAGUCUCCUCCGAGUAUUCAUUUUACAAAGCAAGUUUGCGUUUAGUCUUGUAUUUAUUUCAAUUACGUUUCUUCUGUUUUCUGCGCUUUCUUUUUCUUAUAAAAAGGUUUUAUUGUCAGCCUGUAGCCUUAUAUAGGUAUCAUAAAAUAAUAGUUGAAGAACAGUUUCUUUAUAUUUUUUCCUUUAUAAUUUAUGCAUAAAAAUCCUUAGAUUAGUUUUUUUUUUAUGUAUUUAGGUAACUUGUAUAAUCCGGUAGUCACACUUUAAGCUUUGGAUUACUAUCUAGAUACCGAAAAAGCGCAAAUUUUUCAAAUCCCCGCCUAUAUUGACAUAUUUAUUGAUUAAAGUAUUACGCAAAUUAGCGGAAGGAGUAAAUUGAGAAUGAACCAGAAUAAGCGAUUUACGUAGCGAUCUUAAAAUUAGCUGUCCCCGCGUAAUUUGUUAAUGUUACGCGCUAUAAUUAAUAUCUGCACAGUUUAUUAUGAAUAAAAUAGCAAUUUAUUAUGAAUAAUUAUCAACUUUGCAAUCUAUUGUUGUGCAUACAUUAGCAAGUUUAGGAUUUAUAAAUGUAAGAAAGUUAAAACAAUUUAGUAGCUCAUUAAAAUAUCAAAGAAAGGCUUGGGAGUUAAUCUCUAAGAUAAAUUAGAUGUGUCUUAAUUUUCAGAGAUAAUAUGAUGGGUGAAUACAUUGUUCAAAAUUUGCAUUAUAAUUGUUAGUCAGACUAAAAUUGUUUGAAAGUCUUGUGAACUUUUAAUAGAACUUUUGUUUUUGGUUAUACCUAAUAAAUUUAUCACAAAAA